AUGUUCGCUCAAUUCGAAUCCGAACCCAAACCCAGACGAUGCCCCUUCUCCACCGAAAUCUUCGAAAACUUCAUUUCUUUCGUCAACGACCAACAAACCCUGCAUAGUCUGACUCUCACCAGUCGACUAUGUAACCAAAUAGCUUCGCCUCUCUUGUACAAGUCGAUCACCCUCACUUCAAGACAUCAAAUGGCGAAGUUCCAAGCUGGUGCGCCGAGUUGGGCAUUCAAUGCGGUUCAUCAUAUCGAAAUGGCCCACACAUACACAGACGAUAUCGAUAAAGAGAAAACCGAGUCGCUUGAAAUCGCCAAUAUCCUUAUAUCCUCCAGACGCAAGAAAAUCCUCAAAUACCCUAAUCUUCUCUCUUUCCAUUUGACGUACCAAGAGAGACCUUUCAACACGAUGUGGUGCACUGCUCCGAGAAGCGUGUUGUGUACGUUGAAGUCUCUAAUCUUGAGCCAGAUCGAUCCGGGUGAUACGAAGGAAGGGAAAAUGAAAUUCCUCAAAGUCAAUCAUAUCAAGAACUCAACUCACAAUCAUCAUCUCGGGUCACCAGGCAAAGAUGAUGAAUUGUUAUAUCUAUAUGAUCUUCUAUUGGAAUUGCGUUGGAAAUACAAAUCGAUCAUCUCGGUGGAAGCGAGUUUCCAUGAAUUAGCAAAUUGGAAUAUGGGGUUGGUGGAAAGUGCUGAGCAGUGGCGAGAGAGGAUAAUGAAUGUUUAG